AUGCAUCUUAGAUACAGGACAGGGUGUCUUGUUUACAUGAGUACCAAGCAUGCCCCGUGGCGCUAUUUCCGUCCACAUGCUAAGGCAUGCGAUAAUUCUCACAAGCUACAUUAUGAAGUGUUAGCUGAGUCGUUCAGAGGGAUCGCUCUUUCUCGGACCUCUUUUCAGUUAAAUUCUUCUGAUAGAAAAUCACUGACUUCCAGUGAACAAGCGCCAGUGGUUAAGGAUGAGGAUGUUGUAACCUCCCUUCAGGGAGUGUUGAAGCGUGCGGGGCCCCUUCCAUUAUCCAGAAUCAGUUUGUACCUUGACGAUGAUUCCAUGGAGUAUAUUUCUGGAUAUGCGGGUGGCAUGUUAGGGUUUUGCAGCGGAUAUCCUAGUGUUUUUAAUGUUGUAGUGCUCCCUAAACGCAUUCAUGUUUUGGUGAGCAACGAAGAAUAUAUUUGUAUACCUCCCAGAGAUCGGAAGAUAUGCAUGUGGAUCGCGGCGGCUCUUGUAACAGCCCUUUAUAUGCCCAAGGCCAUUCCCCUACCCGUCGCGCCAAACACCGGCCAACUGCUUCAGUAUAUGAGCGAAAACCUGGGAGAAUUUUUUUUAAGUGGCACGAUUCAAGUUUCCCAAGCCAUGCUGAAGGAUAAACUGCGGCAAUAUCCCCAUAUUUUUGCCUACCAUGGCGACCGUAUCUGCCUGGCUCAGCAUCACUUCAUUCUUUUGGGGAACACCGCCGACGCCGUUGCUCAGGUUAUGGGACUCGCUAGGAGAUGUACCCCGUCAACCACGCCUUCCGCCCCUACCGCGUUCACUCCUGCCUCGACGACCCCAACCUCUCGCCACGCACAGGUGGACGUGGGCAUGGCGAGUCUUAUCGCCUUCAUCAAGACACACGUCCCUUCGACUUUUUCCGUGCCCUUGGCCUAUCUCCUGCAAUGCUCGGGCGCGGAAGGGGUUUUUGGGAGAGACCCCACCUUGGACACGGUGCGGGCAUCUAUCACAAAUGGCGUGCCCAAUGAUUUUUUGUGGAUUCAGAUGAUUGCCCCGACGUUGGAGGGAACUUAUGUGCGGCGACUGAAGCCCGAGGACGCGGACUGCCUCGAUAGUGAAGUCAUUCCCCCUGGCGUAAGGGGGGCGGUGCCGGGAAGUGCCGUAACAGGAGAGUCAAGGCUGCAACCACACCAACCACCUGAGAUAGCUGCACAAGCGUACAACAUUUUUGCUUUGGGGGAGAAGCUAACCCAAGAACUUAUUCGCUUUAAGGAGCAAAGUGAACUCAACUAUAUGCGUCUGGUAAGAGGUGUAAGGAUGAUGGAACUGGAGUCUGAGGUACUCUCCAAGGACCUCGUCAAGGAGAUAGAAGGUUUCUUUGGGAUCAGCAAGCUACCGAACUCAGGCUUAAAUUGCUAUCUUCUGAUAUUUGAUAGGCUGCGUCACCUUUACGACGUAGAUGUGCAGCAGGGCUGUGUUCGCCCGUGGGCGCUCCUUCAGCCUGAGGAGCAGCCUAGCAGUCUUACAACUACCACUACACCUUUACCAUUGGUCCUGCACAGUCUACAGUUGAUGCUGUCGCGCGGACCCUUGACAACAAGUGUCCUGUACGAACGCCUCUCAAAACUUUGUCAACGACAGCUCCUAUCCUUAUAUUACCAGGGUUCUUGGAUGCAGAUUCCAAAGUCAGAGCUAGAUACACCCGAUGCGAUUGCUCGUGGGUGCGAAUCGCUUCGAGCCUUUGUGGAAAAGCACUCGUUGUAUUUUGUCGAACGUGAGAAUGGCUUACUAUGCACCCCAGCGUACCUGGCUUCCGAAAUGGCGAAGUCAGUAUCAUCGUCACGCAAGCCCAAUGAUUUUGACUACCUUGUGCAGCGAGGUACGAGAAGAUUUUCGGAUUUCGAGAUGGCAGAAAUGAUCUACAACACUCUGCCCACCCACGAACCAGUGAUGUGGGUAAGCUUCAGCAAAAUUCCAGAGGUGAGAAGGAGCUUACCGUCUGAAGCACUCAAUCUGCGCCUGGAGUUCUUUAAACGCUUCAUCUCCUACUUUGUGACUUACGAAGCCUUUUUCAACAAUCGGUUGAUCCUGGGGCGCGCAGGUUGUGAUGCUCCUCCACUAGACGUCCUACAGCCACCGCUUAACAAUAUCAAAGCGAUGAUUAAAUUCAUUGCACUCCACUCCGUCGGUGGUGUUUCGGAAUCCGAAAUUCUGACCACAAUAUCUAAGGAAGGUCGCGCUUUCAUGAAGACGAUUGGGACCUGUGUAGACUUGGUAGAGCAGCUUCCAGAGUGGUUUGAGGUUCGUCGAGAUAUUUCUCAUGCAAGCAGCUCCAUUAUCACUUAUGUCGGCACAAAAAACGCCUCACUUGAGGAAGAAGACAGCUAUUUCUCUGAAUUCUUGCCGCUGCGGAAAAAGCUAAAUAAUGCUUCGCUAGUUGAAAUGACGUCUGAUACCGCCGAAUUUACCUACACAGAGAAUAGCGAGCUGUGGUAA